AUGCAACUACAUUGUUUUCUAGCAGCAAUCACGAUUCACCAAGUGUGUGCAAGGCUUUCUAUUGCGCAGCUGGAGUCUAUGCCGAGCUUUGAGCUGUGCAGAAACGGCACAGCCGUAGGAAUAAACACGGAGGGCCCUCUUAACAUGGCGUGCGGAUAUGUGUACACUGAAAGAGGCUUUAUGCACAACAAACGGUUUUUUUCGUCUGAAAUAGAGACAGAUUACAGCCUGCGCCCCAGGGGAGGGCCUGAAAGCAUUGAUUCAGAGUAUAUCUUUACCCGAAUGCCAAGCAUGGACUUCGCGCUUCCGUGUGCUGGCGCAGAGGGUCCGCUGGACGCAUACACCCACGACUACCACAGCACGCUCAUCCGGAUGUUCCCGUCUGAAGAGGGGGAGCUUUCGAUCAAAACCGAGCGAGAGAACUCGCUUUUCCAGACGCUCCAGGGAGACCUUGGCAAAGAGGGCGCGAUGUAUGCCCUGGCCUCGCUCUUUCUGCUGAGCGAAGGCGUGGGCGUGCCCAUUGCGUUUGACCAGGAGACCCGGGAGCUUUCUCUGAGAAAGGCCUGCGAGAAAAGCUACUUUUUCAGGCAGCGCGUAUGCGCCCACACAAAAAGCAAGCCGCUCGCGCCGCAGUGCCUUGACGAAGAGGCAGAGGUCGCCCAGGUGGUGGGCUUUUUCCAAAAAUACAAAAAAACAGGAGACUUGUCAAAUGUCACUGAGAGCAUAGAAAGCGGAGACUUUCUCAAAAGCACGCAGUUCCUGGUGCAGACAUAUGUGUUCGAGUACGUAGACACGCCAGGCGAUGCGCAGCUGUUUGCCAGCUGCGUGUUCGAGAUACUGGCUGACAUAAUAGACUCGGCUGAACAGCGCGCGGAUGGCUCGGAGGAGGCGCGCGCGGCGCAGAAGGUGUUUGAAAGAUGUUUCGCCAAAAAGGGCGGCGUGGACGUCCUGCUGGACGGAAUAAAGGCGCUGCAGACGCUUGAAGGGCCGCUGUGCUUCCCGUUUAAAAAGCACAGCCAGCUGGCGGAGUUCACAGAGAUCCCAGCAUACAACAGAGCAAAGGGCAAGCUGAUUGAAAGCCGCGAGAAGUACUUCAGUAACUGCGUGGAGGCUGGCGUAUACAGCCUGAUUUGCUGCUUUAUAUACGACCCGGCCAAGGGAGAGUACUGCCCAGAGGCAAUAGAGGGCGCGUCCCGAGAACUGGUGGAGUUCUUUGGAAAGCACAAGGAGCCGGCCGAGAAGGUUACCUUUGAAAUGCAGAAGGACUGGAGCAGGGUGGUUUCUGACUUGAAGUGCCCUCACAUUGUGUACAACCAGUGCGAAAACAAAACCCGAAACGAGCUGCGGACUGGGCUGUUCAACAUACUUUUUGUCGUGGCCGAAAUAACGGGGACGCUCAAGAGGGACGAGCCCCGAAUUCUCGAGCUCUUCAAAAGCAUAAAGAAGGAAGGCUCACUGAGCACAGAGUUUGAGGAAAAAACAGUGGCGCUUGCCCAAGACAUGUUUAUGCGUCUUUCCCGAGACCAAACCCUAAAGGUGGCGCUUUUAGAAUCUUCAAACAUUGCACGGCCCGACAGAAGGCUUGACACGUAUGGAGACCUUGAAGUGAAAUACACUGAAAACCAAAAGUUCAGCCUGCUCGGGCUGCAUCUGUUGAAAGGGCACACUGCGAUAUACAUGAAGUCAGACAGGCAGGGUCUGUUGCCUGAUGUGAUAAGGUCGAUACACGCCAUGGCCAGAGGCAGCUCGACUAAGGAAGGCUUUGCAUGCAGCCUGCUCAUGCACUAUGUUAAAAGCUUUGUUGCAGAGGAUACACGUGAGGAAGAAAGCUAUGAAGCAGAUUACACAGAUGUCUUGCAAAACGCGGAAGCGUGUAAAGCUCCGUGGAGCAUGGACGAGGCUCUGGCGAAGACCAAGCUGGAGAGAUUCGAGUGCAAAAAAAACCUGCUGGUUCAGCUUUUGCAGCAUGCAAGGGAGAACCGGGAAGAGCUGGGCGAUCGGUACGCCUCGAUGAAAAGGCUAAUCAACAACAUACUGGCCAGCGUUCCCCUCAGCGACUUCAGCACGCGAAAUGAGCUUCUUCCGCUGUUUGUAAUGGUAGGCGCAUAUAGAGACAUGCUGUCUCCUAAGAUAGAGCUGUUGUCAUAUGAUGAGAGAAAGAUUCUUAGCGAAAGAUACGAAGUGAAGGAUCUCGCACACUCUCUGAUGAUGAAAGACUUCCCUUGUGUGGCGCUAGACCUUUUUGAAACAUGCGGGCACUCUGUCACCAACUUUUUUUCGGAUUAUUCCGGUUUUGGCAGAUAUUAUUUGGCGGCUAUACGGAAAAUGGCCUUUAACUGUCUUUUUAAGCACGGGAACACUGCGCUUGCCCAAAGGCUUUCAAGCAUUAUUUCGUCAAAAAGCAGCGAGAGAAGGCGCGUUCUCGACGCGAGUUUGCGAAUCGGAUGGUUCAUUUUAGAGUGCAGGGAGCAGGAUACUUCUCCACAGCUGCUCAAGGACCUGUUUGUGCUUUUGCCUGAGCAGGGUGCGCUAUAUAAACACAGAAAAUGCAUGAAAGCCAUGCGCUGUCUAAGCAAUGAAGACGUGUUGCAGACAAUGCAGAGCAUGAAGCUGGCUUUGUGUGCCGACGGGGGCGAAGAAAAGUACAAGAAGGUGUAUGGCGCUCUGGUAGAGGCGACCCAGCGCGACUUGGAUUUAUACUCUGAAUAUGAGGAAACCGAAGAUGACAGUGACGAGCUGUAG